AUUCUCACUGCGCAUGUGUGGCUCAGAGAGAGCGCAGCACGGCAAUCGGCGGUGUGCUGUGUUCCUCGGACACAGCGGAUUACUGAUCCACAGAAAGAGCCGAAGAUGUCAGCUCGGUCAUGUGAUCAGUUGUGUCCAAUCACAGCUGAUCACAUCAGUGCCACCUGUCAGUGUCCAUCUGAGCUGCCUUUCAGUGCCGCCUAUCAGUGCCAGUCAGUGCCGCCUAUCAGUGCCAGUCAGUGUCACCCAUCAGUGCCACCUAUCAGUGCUGCCAGUCAGUGCCCAUCAGUGCUGACGAUCAGUGCCACCUAUCAGUGCCAUAUAUGAGUGCUGCCUUUAAGUGCCCAUCAGUCAUGCCUGUCAAUGCCCAUCAGUG